AUGCCUGGUGAUGGUUUCCAACCUCUGCUGCUGCUGCUGCUGCUCCUGUCCAUGUUUGGGCCAACCCACAGCUGCCUGAAGGACCCAGCCUUAGCCUACAAAUUCACAGGAAUUGUGUGCAGGCUCACCUACGAUGCUGCUGCUGUGUUGAACGAGAAAACCACCAAAGUGAUCGAGGCAGCGUUUCAACACGCUCGCUACCCGAGCAUGCAGGGAGAGAAGUCCCUCCUGGUCGUCGGCAGAGUCCUGUACGGCCUGGACAAUUUGGAGAUCCACAACUUGUCGAUUGGUCGAAGUGCCUUCGAGCUGCGUCCAGGGGAAGGGAUCGGUCUGGAGAUAAGUAAUGUGUCGGCAGUGUUCAGUGGGACCAUCAAGUAUGGAUACGGCAGCUGGCUAGUCAAUGUUCAACAGAGUCUUGAUUUUGAGAUCGAGACUCAGAUUGAUCUUGGAAUCAACCCAAAACUUUACUGUGGUAAAUCAAGAGUCGCAGCAGAUACGUCCGACUGUUACCUGAACUUUAACAAGUUUCGCCUUUACCUGCAGGGAGACAAAGAGCCGAACUGGCUGAAGAAGCUCUUCACCAACUUCAUCACCUUCACCGUUAAGCUGGUGGUCAAAGGUCAGAUCUGUAAGGAGAUCAACAAGGUGGCAGAUAUACUGGCUGACUUUGUUCAAGACACAGCAGCGGCCUUUGUCACAGAUGGGGGCAUCAGAGUAGAUAUUGAUAUAAAUACUGGUCCCAUCAUCACGUCCAGCUACAUCGAGUCAUACCAUAAGGGUCUGACAGACUACAACAACACGCUGUCUGUGAUCAACGAGUCUGUUUUCCACCCUGAUCAGCUGACCGAACACAGGAUGCUGUACUUUUGGCUGUCAGACGACGUCUUCAAACCUCUGAUUGCUGCUGCUCAUCAAGAUGGACGCUUGCAACUCAGCAUCUCAUCAGAAGAGCUCACUAAACUUUUCCAGAUGAGUCUCUCCAGCGUUGUGCCUCCGCAGAUUGAAAAAUGUCUGAUGGAACGAGGUUCCACAGAGCUCAGAGUUUGGAGCUCCUCUGUUCCCUUUCUGAGCACCUUCGCCACAGGAACCAGAGUCUGGGCUCAGGUUUCUGCAGAACUCUACUGUGAAAGUCAGACCACACCGACGCUCUCCUUCCAAACCAACGUCUCCGUGGAAGUCACAGUUUCCUACGUCGACAAGAAGCUCCUCCUGCACGGUAAAUCUCUGGAGAUCUUAGUGCUCCGAGCUGAGCCGCCGCCUCUAAACCAACUGGCCCAACGAGAGUUCAUCAGUGAAGCUGUGGAGAAAAUCGGCAUCCCUAAAGUUAUGUCCGUUCUUGGGACGGAGUUAACCAGGUUGUUGGACAACCAGGGAACAAACCUAUUUGAUAUCUUCAACCCUGAAGUGCUUCACUCUGAUGGCUACGUCGUGAUCCAGAUGGAUUUUGGUUUCCCUCACCACCUUCUGGUCGACUUCCUCAAAAAGACGCUUCAGUAGCUGGUCGGCAUCUUGGGUCAGAAUAGUUUUAUUGUUAGGAAAAUAAGUUUAUACACACAAAAAUCAGAUUUCAUGUCACCUCAUUAUAACAACAGAUUUCUAACUCUUUUGAACUGAAUCUAAGAACUGAAUCUUUUAUA